GCCUGUAACCAAACCCAGAGUCUAAUCCAGUCGGGACAACCGCUGGCAGAGGGCAUUCCUCUCCACCGAGCCGAGAAGCUUUCUAACGCAGCACUUUGUGUGGGAGGAAAUAUCACGAAGCAGUUUUUUUUUUAAAUUUGCAUUAAGAAGAAACCACACCCACUGCUGGGAUUCACUCAGAGGCUGGAAACGGGAGGGAGGACAGCAUCGCGGCGCACAGACUGAUCUGAUUCCAUGCUGCGUAAAAGUUCCAGCCAAUCGGCGUCGUGCGUAAAAGUUGCUUUUGGAGAACAUGCGCAGCUUUUGCGUCCCAGAGGCCGCUCAAAGUUUUCCAUCGGGAGUUGGGACUCUCCUGUCAGAACCCGCUCUGUUGCUCGCUCCCACUCUGACCUCCAGAAGGCUGACCCAACCUGGUUUGGCACGCUGCAGGCCUGAACUCCUGGACAGCGCUGACACAGGUGAGGAGGAGCCCAGGGUGUCUCUGGAAGCUGCUGACCUUUGGAAGCAGUUCCACACACACGACACGGAGAUGGUCAUCACUAAAUCCGGGAGGCGCAUGUUCCCGCCGCUCAGAGCCAGGUGUACGGGCAUGAACAGGAAGGCCAAGUACAUCCUGCUGAUGGACAUCGUGGGCGCAGAUGACUGCAGGUAUAAGUUCCACAACUCGCGCUGGACGGUGGCCGGGAAGGCGGACCCGGAGAUGCCYAGGCGCAUGUACAUCCACCCGGACAGUCCUGCCACAGGAGAACAGUGGAUGUCCAAAGCGGUCAACUUCCACAAGCUGAAACUGACCAACAACAUCUCCGAUAAGCAUGGAUUUACAAUUCUGAACUCGAUGCACAAAUACCAGCCGAGGUUCCACAUAGUGAARGCCAAUGACAUCCUGAAGCUUCCAUGCAGCACCUUCAGGACCUACGUGUUCGCUGAGACGCAGUUCAUYGCAGUGACAGCCUACCAGAACGACAAGAUCACACAGCUGAAAAUUGACAACAACCCUUUUGCGAAAGGAUUCCGGGACACGGGGAACGGACGGAGAGAGAAGAGGAAGCUCCAGCAGUCUGGACGAAGGUGCAGAGCGGCGGACGGGAAGCGUGCUCCGCCAGCUGACUACGGUGACGUCAGGUCUUCAGAUGCUUACACGAGUGACAGCGACAAAAGCUUUAACAGUGAGGAGUGUCCCGAACCGAAGCUGUUUCGAAGUUACAAUGGAGACCAGCCAGGGGUUUCCUUCACAGCAGGGACUCUACAGGCCUCCCACCCCACAGAAAACUCCUCUGAUGUAAYGCGCGGCACGCAGGACUCAGGCAGAGAGCGCUCACUCUGCAGCAGCUUUGCACCCAACUGUGUUUACUCCCCGGACUUUAACCGACACCUGUUGGAUGUGAACGCCUCGGGCCAUCUCCCCCAUUUGACACAAGUAAACAGCUGGUACAGAUGUGCCGCUGAUGGAGGCGUGCGGUGUGGUUUGAGACCGGCAGUGCCUCCUGGGACUCCGCUGUCGGUCGCCCUCAAGCAGCACACAGGGCUCCAGGAUGUGAUGAGCUUCCCACCAUACGGAGGCCUUCUCUUCUACCCGUACUCCCCCAUGAGUUCAUCAGUCCAGCACCAGAUCCCGRUCAUGCAGUCCAGACUGGAUCCCAGUUCCUCUCCCAGAGGUUCUGCACAGAGUUUAUUCUCCUCUCUGGUUUUAGCSUCAUCUGUUCUCCCAUCAAAGGAAAGCAGCUUCAGCUCCUACAAGCCAGAGUCACUAGCAGGGGGAGAACUCUGACUCAGAUUCCGACUGAUCUGCUGGAACCAAACGUAAUUUAAUGUCCCAGUCCUCCACACCACCUGCAGUGCAGACUCAGAGGACGAAUGAACUGCUUCCUCUUAGACGCUGCAUGAAAUUAUUAUGACAGUAAUCUUCAUGUUCAAAAUUGUUGUUUCCAUUGAUUGACUUUAAAAUGAUCUCAGAUGCAAUAAAAAGAAGAAACAAAAGAAGUUUUAAUGAAAUAUCUGGGUUGCAUGUAAACAAAAGCACCACCUCCAAAUGCAUCACUGUCAGUGGAAAUGUUAGCUCUGAUCGCCACAAACGGUAACUGUUCAGGAGUAACUUACAAAYGGUUACUCUGUUACCAUUUGUAACACAGUAACUGUUACAAAAGGUAACAGUUACCAUUAUUUUACCUGUUACCUGUUAUUUUAGUARCAUCUGGGUAAAUGCAAUCUAAAAUGAAUAACAAUACUUCACAUGUUAUAUAAAGUGUCGUAAUUUAUUAAUUAUUUAAAUCAACUAAGGCAAAAUGUGGGAACAGCUUCUGAACAUCUAAUUUCACUCUGGUUGAAAACACAUAUAGUAACAACAUCUUAAUUUCAUUGGCUCUACUGUAUCACUAUGRAAAUAACUCUUGAUACUAUAAUCCUGAACUCAAUGUGCUAGAAAAUGACAUGCUGAAUAUAAUUGCCAGCUAUGUUUUAAAGGAUUUUUAUUUGCAAAACAAUAAAAAAAUGUAUACUUUGUAUUGGCCAACMAAAUGAAAUUACAGUAAAUAACAUUGAAUUUUGUAAUGUGUGUUAUGAAACUACAUGUGAAAACUUCCAAAGGGUAUUAGUUUCUCAAGGCUUUAGAA